UGUCUGGCCCCCAGGGGGCUGCACUUUGCCAGAGCCCAGGCCAGGAUCCCAACCCCCCUGGCAUCACGGCUCGGGCCUGAGCAGAGGUGACCACGGCCGCCCUUUGGAGAGUCAGCUGCCCAAGCACAGGUCCCAGAGUGCAACGGUAUUAAGGCAGGUUAGGUCUCAGCAUGCAAGAGGAGUGAGGAGGCUGCCUGAGCGCAGAUCCCAGCAUGCAAGAGGAGUGAGGAGGCUGCCUGAGCGCAGAUCCCAGCAUACAAGGCGGCUGCCUGGGUGCAAGCACACACAGGAGCAUGGGUCUAGGAGCUGCCCCUCUGUGAGCUGUGAUUCAUUGCAAUGGAUCACGUCCCCUGGGAAUGUGGCAUCACCUUUUCCUCCCCCCAGCUCUGGUUCCUCUCUGUGCUGCCGUCUCACUCAAUACUGGGAUCUGCCAGCCACGUUUUCUUAGAUCAAAGGAAACAGAAAUCCCAGCUAAUUACCACCUUCCCCUGCCCCAACACUCUUUACUUCCCCUGCAACUCUUAGCAAAAAAAUACCAGCCCCUUCUGUGUUCACACUCGAUCUAGCCCCUGUCCUCCAGGUCAGGGUGGCCCCUCUCUCCAAGGGGAACCUGCUUGUUGUCACACUGACCCAGGCCCCCAUUGCAUCCCUGCCCCCACACAGGGCGCGGACCAUGUGCUGUGACCAUGGCACAUGAAGACUGUCCAGGCUGGGCAGCACAGGGCACACGAUGGCCCUCCCAGGGUGUAUGCAAAUGAGGUAGGAAGGGAGCUGCGCAGUCUAACCAGCCCACCUGGGGGGCAGAGUGCCCUGUAUGCAAAUGAGUGGGGGCAGGUAGGGACACGCCCGCCUUGCUCAAGGGAGCCAGGGUCUGUCCCCUCCAGCUGCCAGGCCUGGCCCUACUGCAGGGGCACAACCCUGUCUCCCCAGGAGCCAUGUGCUCUGCAGGCGGGCGGGCGAUCUCGAGGGGAGACUACCCAUCUUUCCCUAGUGACCACGUGGCCAAUGGGAAGCUCUGGGUGUUUAAUGCACAUGCUGCAGAGUGGAAAUGGGAGCAAGGGGUAAUGGGGAGGAGAACGAGCUUAUGGAUAAGGGACAGGAAUCUGGAUACACGCUUGUCUAGAUCCCGAUAUCUGAUGGUUAUUGCAGGGAAAAGGGACCAGGAGCAGGGGGAGGGGGCCAGGUUCUGUCCCUGUCUUUGGCCAGGAAGUGGAGUGGGGGGCAGGUUCUAUUCCCUGCUCUGCACAAGGCUCAUUGUGUAACCUGGUGUCACAGAGUCCCCGAGCAAUCCUUUGGAACUGCUCCCCACAAAGCCAGUUAGGACUUUGGGGAGCCUUCUGGUUUUUUGGAGCAGACUGUUUUUAGGGCAAGAAGCUUACACAGGUUCCACCUUCCUGGGUCUGACCUUGGAGCAUUCAGCAUUCUUUGCACCUCUGUGCACUUUUUACACCGAGUUCGCCCAGGCCGGGUCCUGGGGAAGCCACAGGGUCCUGCACCCCCACUUCACAGUCAGACGUGACUUUUAGCCAGCCAGUAAAACAGAGGUUUAUUAGAUGACAGGAACAUGGUUUAAAACAGAGCUUGUAGAUACAGAGAACAGGACCCCUCAGCCGGGUCCAUUUUGGGGCCCAGCGAACCAGACAACCCCAUUUGCACUUACUUCCCAUUCCCAGCCAGCUUCAAACUGAAACCCCCUCCAGCCCCUCCUUUCUGGCCUUUGUUUCUUUCCUGGGCCAGGAGGUUACCUGAUCUUUUUGUUUACCUUUAGUUAUUCCCUUGCAGUGGGCCUUGCAGUGGCCCUGGCCAUUUGUUGCCAGGAGACAGAGUGUCGGUGAUUUAUGCACACUGGCCUUUAUCCCACCACCUAGAGGCUUAAGAAAUGCAUAGGGGAAACUGAGGCACCCACACAUAUUCAGAGGAAACAUUAAGAACAGUUCCACUUUGUCACACCUGGGGUAAGUCACUUCCUGUCAUUGUGCCUCAGUUUCCCUAUUGAUGCUGCGCCAUUUCCUGGGGCUCAGUGACCUGUCUGUGCAGCAUGUGGCAGGAGGGAGGUGCGGGAGUAGGGCCCAGGGUUAGUGUGGCGGGAAAGCCCAUUUUGCCCUGUUCUGCACUCGCUGGCAAUGCCUCGCACUGAACUGGGCCUUCUGUCCCUGCAGCCCCUGGAGUCUCCCCGCGCAGCCCCGGAGCAGGUGUCUCAGCAGCUUUGCCCGUCGUGAGGCUGGUAGGUGGCCCCCACCGCUGUGCCGGGCGGGUGGAGGUGCGUCUGGACGGGCACUGGGGCACCGUGUGUGACGACGGCUGGGACCUGGGCGAUGUGGCCGUGGUGUGCAGGCAGCUGGGCUGUGGGCAGGCCAUGGAAGCGCUGAGUGGUAAAGUGUUCGGCCAGGGCAAUGAGGCAGACCCUGUCCUGAUGACGAACGUGCAGUGCCAGGGGACAGAGGCAGCGCUGGGGAACUGCUCGUACAUGGAUCCUGGGGACCUCUGCCAGCAUGAUGAGGACGCUGGGGCCCGUUGCCAAGGUGCCUCUUCAGAGGUGAGGCUGGUAGGUGGCCCCCACCGCUGCGCCGGGCGGGUGGAGGUGCGUCCGGACAGGCGCUGGGGCACCGUGUGUGACAACGGCUGGGACAUGAAAGAUGUGACUGUGGUGUGCCGGCAGCUGGGCUGUGGGCCGGCCAUGGAAUCGCUGAGUAGUAAAGUGUUCGGCCCGGGCAUCAAGUCAGACCCUGUCCUGAUGACGAAAGUUCAGUGCCAGGGGACAGAGGCAGCCCUGGGGAACUGCUCGUACAUGGAUCCAGGAGACCUCUGCCAGCAUGAUAAGGACGCUGGGGCCCGUUGCCAAGAGCCCUUCUCACUGCGGCUGAUGGACGGCCCAGGCAACUGCUCCGGGCGGCUGGAGGUGCGGUAUGAUGGAGUGUGGGGCACCGUGUGUGACGAUGACUGGUCAGAGACCAAUGCCCAAGUGGUCUGCCGGGAGCUGGGUUGUGGCCCAACCAAGCCAUUGGCCCCAAAGCUGCAGGACCGGCCCCGCUUUGGCCAGGGUACAGGGAAAAUCUGGCUGGACGACAUCCGCUGCAAAGGCACCGAGAAGACCUUGCAGAACUGUGCCCACCGCUUCUGGGGCUACCACAACUGCACCCACCAGGAGGACAUCAGCGUGGUCUGCCAGGACAACUGAGCCAGCCACAGCUCCUCCACGGCCUCCCAUUGAUUCCCCCCGCCCCCGAGCUUUCAGUGCAUCCCCACUGCCGCCAGGCUCUUCCUCUCUGCUGCCAGGCUCCCUGGCCCUGCCCGCCCAGCCCGGGGAUGGCUGUCGGCUGUGCAGGGGCAUGGCUUGGUGAGUGCCCGGGGGAUUCCCCUUUCAGGGAUGAACGCAGGCGCCCAGGGCAUUCCCCUCCCACUGGGCGCCACACUCUGUGGGCUGCAGCACAAAGUUGGCACAGCCUGGGGCUCGCGUCUCACUAGCAGUGGGGCAGCUCGCCCUGGCAGGCCCCGCUUGGAACACGCGUCUCCUGGGCCAUUGCUCCAACUGCAGCCAAGGGAGCCGUCCCUGAUAAACCCGCCAUUGCCGGGGUGGGGCUGCACCCCCCCCUUGGGGGUCGGGACACAUCACUGCCUCCCCAGAAGGGUCCAUGCUGCAUGGACAGGCAGGAGCCGGGAGGGGGAGAGCCCUGUGUGCCACACGCCAUCCCAAGCUGAGCAGAUGCGAAUAAAGAGCUGAAUCCGCUGGA